AGAAAGAGAGGGAGGAGAAUGACAGGAAGAGACAGCAGGUGAGGAAACAAUGAGAAAAGUUGAACAUACUGUAAGACCGACUGGCAGAAGAGGCAGUUAUUGAGUUGGAAAGCAUUUGAAGACAGUCUGGAUUCUUGUGAGAUGGUUGUUACAGUGUUACUUGUAUGCAUGGUGAUGCUGACUGAUCAUCUGAUAUAUGGCCUCCCUAUGGAUGGUAAAAUCAGUUAUUCGAGAGCCUUGCCAGGAGGAAAUUGCUCAUCUUUGUGUCCAGCAGGAUAUUACCUAUCAAACUGCAGGUGUUUUCCAUGUUCCUCUGGAUUCUUCACCAGUCAGAAGAACAGAGAAGACAGCUGCCACCGCUGUUACCAGAGCUGCAAACCUGACUUCAAUAAGGAGGUGGUAAAGGAGUGCACAAACACAUCAGAUGUACAGUGUCGCUGCCUGGAUGGUUUCUUCUGUACAGAAAAAGAUAUAUACACAGGCCACUGUCGCACCUGUGAGCCGAUCACAGCAUCCACCCCAGACCAGUCCUACACCUCCACUGACUUUCCCUCUGUCACCAUUUCAAACACUCGCCAACAUGACCCGCAGAGCUGGCUGAGUGAUGAAGUUUUGGUUUGGAUUUUAUUUGGAUUCAUGUCAAUAAUGUUAUCCGUCAUUUUCCUUACCAUCUUCCUCCGACUCUGCAGAAAGAAAGAGAAGGAAUGCUUUAAGCAAUUUGUCAGAAGAUACUCGUUGGGUAAUCUAGAGAUGGAGAGUGAGACCACACCUCCUCCAAACCAACCAAUUGAGCAGCCUCAUGCCCAGGAGGUGCUGUCACAUGCUAGUACUCCCACCAAUCAUAACACAGAUGGCUCUUUUCAUCAACCAACCAGCUCUGAACAGGCUGUGCCUCCACCUGGCAAUUUAGGCCCUCUCCACAUCUACGGUCCCCAUACAGUUUUUGUUAGUUUGCUCAACCAGUUUAGAUGGGAUGGAGGAGAGAAAAAAACACAUGAACUCCAGGAAGAAUCUAUAAAUCACCCUCAGUCUCCCCCAGUCCAUCUAUCUGAGGAGGAAAGGAGUAGAGAGAACGAUUUCUUCAUCUUCCCUUCUCAAGAGCAAGGGAAAGAGUGCCAUAUUUCUAAAGAAGAGGUGCUUCUGAACUGUUGAGCUGCUGUGUGUUUUUUUUUAACUGAUGCUUCAUGAGUACCCGGUAUUAAAACUCUAACCCUGGCAGGGGAUUCAUCUAGAGAGCAGGAGGCUGCAUUAGGGAAACAGACAGUAUGGAUGAGUCUUGCAUUCAUGCAACUUUGAAAUAUCACCCAUACCUUCAUGCUUCACUGUUUCUAAAAGAUCAGACUUGCAGGCUUGACCUUAUUGGAUGCUGUUGAUGAUAACAUGAAGAAUCAAGAUCAAAAGCUUCCAGGUCGGUGCAGGUCUUUCUCAUCAUGAUGGUUAAAUAACCCAUAGGCCCAAAUCUAUAUCUCAGCCAAAUCUAAAUCUUUGUCGAAGAGUUUGAAGGCAAAGAGCAGGCCUAAGACACUCAUUAGACCUAACAGAUAUAUACUGUAACAUGUAUGAGAUAUUUAUGUUAAAUAAAGUCCAAUACAGUAGUGAAGUCAAUAACUGCACCCUGCUGAAAAGCUUAGGACAGCAUCUUGAGAUUUAACAUUUGCCGUUAUUAAAUAGUACGUUUUAUUUAUUUUAAGCCGUUAUUAAAACCGUUAUUAUAAUUUGUUAUCAUUGUACUGACAGUUUUUUGCUCUCACGCAGUUUCUCAGUGUUCUAUCACGUUAAGUCCCUGAUGUUUGAUGUUGUCAGUGUUCUUCCCCUUUUCUUUGUCAUUUCUGUGGCAGACUUUUGAAAAAAACAUUUGAUGACAUUUUGAUGGUGGUCUGGAAGUGUAAACAUUGUUCCUUUUUUAGUUCAAAACACAAACAACUCAAUAAGCACAACUCAGGAACACACAAAGCUUUAUGUGUUAUCGUGUUAAUAUGUUUUAUAUUUACAGGAAUACAAAUUCUUACACCUGGUAUUGAUUGUAAAGUGCA